UUACUCCGUGUCGGCUUUCGUUUUACGUAUGUACCCGCUUCAAUCAAGUUCCGGGCACUCUCCUGUAUCAAAAUAUACAAGUAUUAGCACAUCUAUUCCAACAUUAAUCAGUUUAUGCACCACGUAGGCCCCGCUCAACUAUAAAUUUCAAGAAAAACACCAACCAAAUUGUAAAAAUUGUGACACGUCAAUUAUCUUCUUCUUGCCAACGCAGGCGUAGGGUUGUAUUCUAUUCAAAUCGAACAGAGCAGCUGUUGGUGACUAACUUCACUUGACAACACUGGCCGUUCAGCCGUUUUUUAUUUUUUGACAUAACAAAUAACUAAAAUCAUGAAAUAUAUUCAGAAUUUAACUUGUAAAGUUCUUCAGCGGCGGUACCUGUACCAGCCACGGCUGUCCACACUAUACUACAGCACAGUAAAGGAUGCCGACACAAAAGUGCACUUGGCGGCGGGGUACCAGCCCAAACAGGUCGAACAGGCCUAUUGGGAGCGUGACAAGGAGCAAGCGAAUCUGCCCCAGGCGGGCAAUCGCUGCAAGCGUGGACCCUACCGCAUGUUGCUGCCACCGCCAAAUGUGACGGGGAAUCUGCACCUGGGACACGCUCUGAUGGCCACUGUGCAGGAUGUGAUAGCGCGCCAGCGGCGGCAGCUUGGCUACGACGUGGACUGGGUGCCAGGCACCGAUCAUGCCGGCAUAGCCACUCAGGUGGUGGUGGAACGCACACUCACAACUGGCGGGGGCAAGACGCGCCAUGACAUCGGACGGGAGGCCUUUCUGGGAGAGGUAUGGAAGUGGAAGGCGGCAAAGGGUGCUGGCAUCGUGCAGGACCUGCGCCUGUUGGGCUGCAGCCUCAACUGGGCGCGCGAGUACUUCACCAUGGACGAACAGCAGGCAAAUGCCGUCAAUGUGUCCUUCGAGCGACUCUUCGAUGAGGGCCUCAUCAAGCGGCGCAAUUCCAUCGUCAAUUGGUCCACCACACUGCAGUCGGCCAUCUCGGACAUCGAGGUGGAAGUGGUGGACAUUAAGGAGCCCACCGCUGUGCGUGUUCCAGGCUACAAGCAGAGCGUCCUCUUUGGCAGAAUUUUUGACAUUGCGUACACCGUUGUGGAUGGUGAAACACAGCCGGAUGGCUCUGCCGAGGAGAUUGUGGUGUCCACCACCAGGCCAGAGACAUUGCUGGGCGACGUGGCCGUGGCCGUCCACCCACUCGAUCCCCGCUACAGCAAGUAUCGCAAUAAGGAUGCAGUUCAACUGAAGCAUCCCUUUCGCAACGACACGAUUCCCCUCGUCUUCGACCUCGCCGUGGACAGGGACGUUGGCACGGGGGCUGUCAAGAUCACGCCGGCCCACGACAAGUUUGAUUUUGAGCUGGCAGCACGACACAAGCUGGAGCCUCGCCAGGUCUUCACCAAGGGCGGACUCAUUCUAGACACCUUUGCAGGGUUCGAGGGCAAGCUGCGCUUCGAGGCUCGCGACGAAAUUGUCAAUCGUCUCGAGAGGAUGGGACUGCUGCGCCAGGUUCGGCCCCAUGCCAUGCAGCUGCCCAUCUGCUCGCGGUCCAAGGAUGUCAUCGAGUACAUGAUCUGGCCGCAGUGGUUUCUGAACUGCAAAGACAUGGCCCAGAAGGCGCUCUCCGAGCUGCACAGCGGCCGACUGCAGAUCGUUCCGUCCAACUUUGAGGUGGAGUGGGAUCGCUGGCUGGAGGAGGGUCGCGACUGGUGCAUCUCCCGGCAGCUGUGGUGGGGCCAUCAGGUGCCCGCCUACCAGUUCACCGAUGCCCAGGGCAACGUCCACUGGGUGUCUGCUGCCAGCGAGCAGGAGGCCAGGCGCAAGGCCCUUCACCUGUUGGGCGGCAAACAGAAGGAGCUCAGCCUGGUCCGUGAUCCGGAUGUGCUGGACACUUGGUUCUCAUCGGCACUGCUGCCCUUCUCCUCGGCUGGCUGGCCCAAUGAGUCGUACAAGGAAAAGUAUCCACUGGAUAUAAUGCAGACGGGACACGAUAUACUCUUCUUCUGGGUGGCCCGCAUGAUGAUGAUGGGCCUGAAGCUGACCGGCGAGGCGCCCUUCAACAAGGUGCUGCUCAAUGGCAUCGUCUGCGAUGCCCAUGGCAGAAAAAUGUCCAAGAGCCUGGGCAACAUUGUGGCCCCACAGCAGGUGGUGCAAGGCGCCAGCAUGGAUAGCAUUAUCGAUGGGCUGGAGCAAUCCCUCGCGGCGGGUGUCAUCGAUGAGGGUGAGCUGGAGAUUUCGUACAAGUGCAUGAGCAAAAUGUUCCCCAAGGGCAUACAGGAGUGCGGCACAGACGCGUUGCGUUUCACUCUCCUGAGCCACAACAUUAAGAACCACUUCAUCAACUUCGAUGUGAGCACCUGCCACACCAACAAGCUGUUCAUCAACAAGAUCUGGCAGGCCAUGCGCUUCACACUGGGCGCCGCGGAGCGUCUGAACGUCUCGCUGCACCAAUUCGAGACUCUGGACGGAGUGAAUCUGGGCACUUGGGAUCGCUGGAUCAUAGGCCGUCUGGCGGAGACAUUGGCCAUCUGCUCGGACAGCUACAACAACUACAAUUUCCACAUGGCCACGGCGGCCCUCAAGCAUUUCUUCUAUCAGAAUCUCUGUGAUACUUACUUGGAAACCACCAAGACUGAAAUUAACCAUCGUACAUCUACCGGCUACAUCCAUGUGGGCACCCUGACCGCCUGCCUCAGCUGGGGACUGCAGGCCAUGGCGCCGUUUACACCGUUCGUGGCCUCAGAGCUGCUGCAGCAUGUGCCCCUCAAUAUGGAGGUGAAGCUGUCACAGUACGCAGACAGCAAGCUGGUGGCGGAGAUCAACGACAUAGUCGGCAUUUGCCAGAGCAUUCGUCAGCUGAAGAGCAAGCACAAGGUUAGCAAACGACACGCACCCAAACUCACAUUGUUUGCCACAAAUGCCGAGUCCGAGGAGAUUCUGGGCCGUCAUCUGCAGCAGAUACAGCUGCUGGCACGCUGCGAGCGCGUGGAUCUGGAUAUGCUGGACGAGAACUCGAAGCAGGCAAAGAAAAUGAACCUCUUCUCCACGGCCGGCGCACUCUGCUCAUUCGGCCUGAGCAUGAACGAUGACUUUGGCAUGACUUUGGAGCAGCGUGACGCGAUGGUUCGGAGCAACAUUACAAGGCUGAAGCGGCUGAUGACUGAGCUGCAAAAGUAUCGCAUGCGCCUGGACAAUGAAGCCUUCCAGCUAAUGGCCGACAAGAAAACGCGGGCACAUUUCGAAAAUAGGGUCAAGGAGCUGCAGGCGGAAAUUGAGACAAUAAUGCAGGAAACAGCGUGAUCUCAAUAGCCAAAGGAUGUAGUUAGUGCCCAGUGCGAGUGGCCAGUGCCUUUGUUAUUGUUUGAUAAUCCAUUAAGAUAACUUACUAAUAAUAGUAAACUAACUUUACAAAAUGUAAA